GUUUUGGAAAAUAAUGAAGAAGCCCGCUAUCUUUUAUCACCAGAUCGUCACCAUCUUGUUUUUCUACCUCACUGUGCCCCUCUGCUCAUCAACAACUUGUUCUCCGUCAAUUGGUCCCCCGAACAGUUGCAGCGUAUAAUCCUAUUCUCCAACGGCUGGAAACAGAUGCGCGCAGAGUUUACCGCAGUCGGAGAGCCAGAUAGCGUUAUUGCUACAGAAUUGGCUUACCUCCACACAUUAGAACAAGUUGUCGUCGUCGAACAUGGUAUCCACCAGCCCCACCUGAGUAGAGAGGAACUGGAUUUCGAGGGAUUACGUGUGCAGUGGUUUCCAUCGCAUGCUUUAUCUCGUCUUCCACCGGAAGCUUGGAGCAGGCCUCCCUAUUCCGUUUCCACCGGUGAUGUCUCAUCCAACGAGUUAGAAGCUGUCGCACCUCUCAUCACAAAGGACCUGAACUUAAAAGGUCGAUUUUAUGCGGAUGUUAUCGCACGUGACCUCGUGCCUACUUUUGUUGAUUUGGUUUCUAAACAUAAUGAUGACUAG